AUGGAGUCGGAAGCUGACAGGGACGCGGCGCCGGCGCCAGCAGUCGCCGCGGAGACCAGCGACGACGCCAUCCAGGAGGAGUCUCCAGCCACGGCCCCUUCCUCAGACGGAAUGCCCGGAUCAGGGGCGGCCCCGGCGCCGGAGAUGGAGGUGCAGCUGUUCCGGCGCGGGCGUCCGGUGGCCGUGUUCCGGUCGCAGCUGGGCGGGUAUACGCAGGACCAGCUGGAGGUGGGCGACAUCCUGGAGCAGCACGGCCUCAAGUCCGUCUUCGCCUUCGACCCCGCCACCCGCAAACGCGGCGUCGCCAUCCGCUUCAUCCCCCGCAACGGCCGCUCCCUCCUCACCUACGCCCCUGACUCCACGAUCUUCCUAGACGGCGAGCCCAAGGAUUCUUUGCUGAAGCCCAUCACGAAGAUGGUGAUUGGAGUCGCUGCUAUGACUGUGGUAGCUGCAGUGCUACUGAAGGAGGCCAAGAUGCCAGAGUGGCUUCAGUCAUCCAAGCUGGGCAGCGUGAGCUUCCCACCAUGGGUGCUGGCUUGCAUGGUCAUCGUGUUCAUGAGGCUUCGGAAGAGAACCAAGGAUGUCAUGAAGAAGUUUGGCUGGGUCUCAUGA